AUGAGUUUCAAGGGCUUUCAGAAGAGCCUCGUGCGGGCCCCGCAACAGUUCAAACUCAAGUUCAACAUCGGCGAACACACCAAGGAUGUCGUGUAUACCGACGCCGAGCGUCGCUUCGAAGAGCUCGAGAAGGAGACGAAGAAGCUGCACGACGAGUCUAAGAAGUAUUUUGAGGCCAUUAACGGUAAGGGACACACCUCCCAAGGGGUUCCGACGGUUCCGCGGGCGCAUCGAAGUGGGUGUGAGCGAGGAAGAAAAUUGCUGACUGCUAGCUCAGGCAUGUUGAACCACCAGAUCGAAUUCUCCAAAGCAAUCGCCGAACUCUACAAACCCAUCUCCGGCCGCGCUUCCGACCCGGAUUCCUACCAAUUUGAAGGAAACCCCGAGGGCAUCCAGGCCUGUGAAGAUUAUGAGACCAUCGUACGGGAACUGCAGGAGUCCUUGGCCCCCGAGCUGGAGAUGAUUGAGAGCCGGGUAAUCAGCCCUGCAGAUCAGCUGCUGGAGGUGAUCAAGGUGAUCCGCAAGGUUGCUGUCAAACGCGACCACAAGAAGCUGGACUACGAUCGCCAUCGCGCAUCGCUGAAAAAGCUGCAGGAUAAGAAGGAUAAGUCGCUCAAGGACGAGAAGGCGUUGUACAAGGCGGAGAACGAUGUCGAGCAAGCCACCCAAGAAUACAACUACUAUAACGAUUUGCUGAAGGAGGAGCUGCCCAAGCUGUUCGCCCUCGAGGCGGAGUUCAUUCGCCCGCUGUUCCAGUCCUUCUACUACAUGCAACUCAAUGUGUUCUAUACUUUGCACGAAAAGAUGCAAGGCAUGAGCAUCAGCUAUUUCAACCUCGCUCUUGACGUCGAGGAGGCCUUCGAGCAGAAGCGGGGGGAUGUCCAGGAGCGUGCGGAGGCCUUGACCGUCGUCCACUUCAAGACGAAAGGUCUCGGUCGCACUAACUCAAAGCUGGGCUCCCUGAAGGCGUCCGAGGCCAAGGCCGGUCGCGGGCGCGCAUCCUCUACCGCUGACGAAAACCCUCCGCCACCAUACUCCUCCGCCGCCACCCCCAGCCCAACGGGCAGCUUCUCCUCCGCCGCUAAGGGCAAACCUGCUCCGCCACCCCCACGAGCUAAGCCAUCGCAUCUCAGCAAGCCUGUGGAGACGGUGAUCGCUCUUUACGACUACGAGGCCCAGGCCCAUGGCGAUCUUGGAUUUUCCGCGGGUGAUGUGAUCGAAAUAGUGCAACGGACGGACAACCAGAAUGAGUGGUGGACUGGGCGAGUCGAUGGCCGAGAAGGCCAAUUUCCGGGUAAGCAUUGUCGGCCUAAUGUCUCAUUCCCGCGCUCCAGCUCACAAUCAUCUUUAGCAAACUAUGUUCAGUUGCAAUAG